AUGAAAUCCGGUGCCCUUAUCGCGUCUCUAGCCCUGGGCUCGUUGCCCGCCGCGAUUGCAGCUCCCCCGGGCUUUGAGCCCGCAAAUGUCGUCCCUGUAUUCGGCCGAGCACUUCCCGAUGCACCCGAUGGCUACACCCCGACCAAAGUUAGCUGCCCUGGAACUCGUCCAACAGUGCGCAGCGCCGCGAAGCUCUCCUCCAAUGAGACCGACUGGCUCAAGACCCGUCGCGACAAGUCCCUUUCUGCUAUGACAGAUUUCUUCGGCCACGUGAAGGUCGGCGAUUAUGAUGUUACUUCUUGGCUGAACAAGCACAAAAGCAAUUCCUCAAAUAUUCCCAAUAUUGGUAUCGCCGUGUCUGGUGGUGGUUACCGUGCGCUGAUGAACGGCGCUGGUGCCAUCAAGGCAUUCGAUAGCCGAACUUACAAUGCUACCACCGAUGGUCACCUUGGUGGUCUACUUCAAUCUUCUACUUAUGUUGCUGGUCUCAGCGGUGGUAGCUGGCUGCUGGGCUCUAUCUACAUUAACAACUUCACCACCAUUGAUCAGCUGCAGAAUAGUUCCGUUUGGCAGUUCGAUAACUCUAUUCUCGAGGGUCCUGAUACCGGCGGUAUCCAGCUCCUGGAUUCGGCCAGUUACUACAAGGACAUUGCUGAAGCUGUCGAGGGCAAGAAAAAGGCCGGAUUUGACACUUCGCUCACUGACAUUUGGGGCCGUGCUCUCGCCUAUCAAAUGUUCAAUGCCAGCAACGGCGGCAUCGACUACACCUGGUCCUCCAUUGCGAAAACCUCGGAGUUCCAGGAUGGCAGCUACCCCAUGCCCCUUGUCGUGGCUGAUGGCCGUAACCCUGGUGAGCUGGUUGUUGGCAGCAACUCAACUGUCUACGAAUUCAACCCUUGGGAGUUCGGCACCUUUGAUCCGACCAUCUUCGGCUUCGUUCCCCUUGACAACCUGGGCUCGCGUUUUGUCGGUGGCUCUCUUCCUAGCAACGAGAGCUGCGUUGGGGGUUAUGACAAUGCUGGUUUCAUUAUUGGAACCUCCUCCACUCUUUUCAACCAGUUCCUGCUCCAACUCAACACCACCUCUCUCCCGUCCUUUGUGAAGAAUAUUUUCAACGACAUUCUUAACAAGCUGGACAAGGCUGAUGAUGAUAUCGCUUCCUACGAUCCCAACCCAUUCUAUCACUACAACAACCACUCUUCCCCAUAUGCCCAGCAAACCGCUCUGGAUGUCGUUGAUGGUGGUGAGGAUCUGCAAAACAUCCCCCUGCACCCGCUGAUCCAGCCCGAGCGUCACGUCGAUGUUAUCUUCGCUGUCGACUCCUCCGCCGACACCACCUACAGCUGGCCCAACGGUACCGCCAUGGUUGCCACUUAUGAGCGCAGCCUUAACAGCACCGGCAUCGGCAACGGCACUUCCUUCCCUGCCGUGCCGGACCAGAACACAUUCGUGAACCUGGGCCUGAACACCCGACCUACCUUCUUCGGUUGCAAUAGCUCCAACACAACCGGCCCUACCCCGCUGGUUGUCUACAUCCCCAACACCCCAUACACCACUCUCUCUAACGAGACAACCUUCACCCUGAGCCGCGAUAACGACGUCCGUAAUGACAUCAUCAACAACGGAUACGAAGUUGCAACCAUGGCUAACGGCACUCGUGAUGGCAACUGGACUACCUGUGUCGGCUGUGCCAUCCUAAGCCGCUCUUUCGAGCGUACUGGUGAUACCCUCCCUGAUGUCUGCACCCAGUGCUUCAAGAACUACUGCUGGAACGGCACCAUUGACUCGAGGGACCCCGGAGUCUUUGAGCCAAGUGUCAUUAUCAAGGACGCUGAUAGCGCUGCCAUUGCUGCUAUUGUUCCUUCCGUGCUCUCUGCUGCUGUUGCGGCUGGUGUGGCUCUCUUCAGUCUGGCUUAG